UGCCCUUCUGAAUAAAAAAAAUGGCGAACUACAGAGAGGCGCCCUUGGCCACUCGGCCAAAAUCAUUGGAUCCGGCUGAAUAUUUUAACCUUUCGCCGGACCAGCGACGUGCCGAGGAACAAAGGGCAACACUGAGAGCACAACUGAAGAGACAAUACCAGACGCAACUUAACAACCCUCACAGAAAAGAGCUAAUUGAAGACCCCGCCUUGAACCGCUGGGUGUAUGCUCGCGCCAACCCCUACAACUACUUCAAACCCACGAAAAAGACGUCGCUUCUGGGGGCUCUGUUCGGAGUGGCACCGCUCUUCAUCCUAUAUUAUGUGUUCAAGACGGACAGGGACAACAAGGAGGCGGCGAUUAAGGCUGGGACCCACAACCAAUCCACGUUCAGCCUGUCAUACUGAGUCAGGGCAAUUCACAUCCUUCCAAUGUAGUGUUAUAGAAAUUGUCAAACCUAUGUAACUAAUAUUAAAAGAUGGAAUUAAAUAUAUUGUUUAAAAUGAAAAA